AAGUACCAUUCUCCUUGUAACCACCAAAUCCUGACAUUUCCAUCGGAUUGCCAGACAGAGAAACAUGAUUCAUCACUCCAGAGAACACGUCUCCACUGCUCUAGAGUCCAGUGGCAGCAUGCUUUACACCACUGCAUUCCGUGCUUUGUAUUGCACUUGGUCAUCAUGCACUGACCCCACUGUGUCAUUUUGCGUGGCUACCACUUUGUGGCUGAGUUGCUGUUGUUCCCAGUUGCUACCACUUUGUUAUAAUACCACUAACAGUUUAACUCCUCCUGAGAGCGACCCAUUCUUUCAUAAAUGUUUGUAGAAGCAGUUUGCAUGCCUAG